UCAACAAACGCGCGCGCUGUGCUUGCUGGCUCAGGAGCUGCUGCUGCUCGUCGUCGUCGUUGGCUUCGUUGCUUUUCUCUUCCCCGGCUUUUUCUUGCGGUGGUUCUUCGUCGAGGCAGCAGCAGCAGGCCCACGAUGGACGACCUGUUGGAUCUAGACUGGGACAAGAAGCCCGCUGCCCCGCCGUUGAGGCAGCAGGGCGCCGCGGCGCCGGCCUACCGCGCCCCCGGCCAGAGCUCGACGUACAGCUUCGAUGCCCUGACGAGGUCCAUGCCCAGCACGGCCGCGCAGACGCAGAAGAAGCCAUCGCCGUCGCCGUCGCCCACGCCGCCGAUGGGCUACUCGCUGAGCAGCCAGUCCCAAGCACCAAAGGCACAGGCACAGGCACAGGCCAGCGCCGCCAAGACGGGCGAUGCCUUUUCCUCGCUCUUUGCCGGUGCCGCCGGUGGGGGAGGAGGUCAGGCUACAUCUGGGGCAGGAGCGAGCUCUUCUUCUGCCCCAAAGGCAAAUUCGAACCUGUCGAUGGCUCAGAGACUGCAGGGGAACAGCAGCAACAACCACUCCCUCCUGAACCCGACGCGAGCGAAUCAGUCGCAAAAGGCCAACGGUGAUGCAUGGUCAGGUCUCGAGUCGCUCGGCUUCAGCCAGCCAGCCAGCAAAGGACCGUCUCCGUCAGUCUCGCAGAACCAGUCAAACGACGACUUCUUUAACUUCGACGACUUCACAUCGCAGAAAGCGACCCCUCGCGCUCCAACAGCAGCAGCAGCAAGAAGCAAGGCGAGCCCAGCAGCGCCACCUGCGGCGGCCCCACAGCCCAAGAGCAAGGACCCGUUUGACUUUUCCGACUUUGAAGAUCCCGGCGAUUCCCAGAGCUCGGCUCUUGGAGGAGGAGGUGGAGGAGGAGGGGAAGGGGGACGGAGAAAAGAACCGGAGCGCCCGUCAGAAGGCCCGAUGAAGACCGCCCAGACGGGUUUGUCAAGAGGUCCCGGUCUGCUCGGUGACGAUGACUACGACGAUGGCAUCGACGACGGUAUCCUGGGAGCGCUCGGUGGACCGCCUGGACGCGCCAAGCCAGCCGCGAUGGCGACAGCGAUGGCGACGGGAGCAUCGCAGCCCCGGCCUGCCUCGCCGCCACCGCACAUCAUUGGCCAGGUCGUCGAGAUGGGCUUCUCGCCAUUUGAGGCUCGUGAGGCGCUGGCGAGGACGGGCAACGACGAGUCGGCGGCCCUGGAGCAGCUGCUCGCCUCUUCUUCUUCAUCAAAGGCCACCGAGAGGCCGUCGCACUCGAGCCAGGAGCAGGAGGACCGGCGAUACGCAGAGAGGCUCCAGCGAAGGGAGCAGGCCGCCCAGCGUCCACCAGCCAGCAGCAAUGGACGGAAUGGCCCAGAGAGGAAGCGGCGGGAGGACGAGAGAGACGCGGCCGAGGAUGGCCAGGUCGACUGGCAGAAGCAGGCGGACCAGAUCUAUGCGCAAGCAUCUGAGCUGGGCGCCAGCGUCUUUAGCAAGGCCAAUGCCUUUUGGACGACGGCAAAGGCACAGGCUCAGCGUGCGCUCGAGGAGCGCAACAACAACAAUCUCGACGGCCAAGGUAGUUCGGCGGCCAGCAGUGGGAGAAACAGCCCGGCGUCGGGCAGCGAGCGCGCAAAGAGCCGGCGCUGGGCCGUGCCCUCCCGAGACGGCCGCUCGACGCCUCGCAAGGAGUGGGAGGGCAAGCCGCGCUGGAUGGUCGAGGCAGAGGCUGCAGCGGCUGCUGAAGAAGAAGAAGAAGAGCAGAGCAGACCGAAGAAGCAGCCGUCAGGAGAAACGGCCCCUACCUCGAGUUUCCGAGAUGACGAUGACGGCGACGAGGUGGCCCCGGCCCCUCCGUUCCUCCCUGCUAGACCCGAGGGCAGUCGUCCACGCGAGGAUGCUCCCCGCAAUCUCUGGGAUAUGGACCCUCAGGCUCCACCUCCCUCUUCAUCGGCUCCUGCUCGCCCGCAGGCCAGCAAGCCUCGACCGGGAGCAGCUGCAGCAGCUGCUCCUGCCUCUGGUGCGAGGAGGACGCCGGCCGCAAAAGCAGCAGCAGCAGCAGCAGCAGCCCGGACGGCGCGUCCAAUCGAAGAGGAUGGCGCGGCCGCCGUCGAAUCGUCAAAGAGGCACAAGGCCCGAGGCAACGAGCACUUCAAGAAGGGCGCCUACGGCGAGGCCGAGACGGCCUACAGCGCCGGUCUCGACGCCCUCGACGCGCAUCCAAAGUCGCUGCGACGCGUGCCGCUGCUCAAUAACCGAGCCAACGCACGGCUCAAGAACGGCGAUGCUCGCGCGGUCCUGGCCGACACCAAGGAUGUCCUCGUCCUCAUUGUUGCCGGGGGCAAGUCGCCCUUUACGCUCUACAGGCCCUCGGGAGAGGCGCCGCUGCCGGGUGCGCUGGCGCAGGAGGUCAACCUGCGAGACGGCUAUGCAAAGGCACUCCUGCGGCGCGCCCAGGCCGAGGAGAUGCUCGAGCAGUGGGACACGGCGCGGAGCGUCUGGACGCUCCUGGAGCGCUACGAAAAGGAAGAGGGCAGCAGCGGCACGACGGGCGUGACGAAUCUCCGAGCGGCGCAGGAGGGCGCCAAGCGGUGCCAGAAGAUGCUCCAGCCUGCCGCUGCCUCGGAGGGCGGCGCGCAGGCGGCGGGCGUGCAGCACAAGGACGUCGUCCGCCAAAAGGUGGACCGCGCGACGGCGCGCGCCGUGGCAAAGGCCGAAGAGUCUGCGCGCGCGCGCAUCCGUGCCGAGAAUGCAGCGACGGCGGCCGAGGAGGCGGCAAAGCAUGCGCUCCGCGACGGCGUCGAUGCCCGCAUCCUGGCCUGGAAGGGCGGCAAGGAGGCAAACGUGCGCGCCCUGCUUGCCAGCCUCCAGGACGUCGUCUGGGACGGCCUCGGCUGGAAGAAGGUGGGCAUGCACGAGCUCGUGACCGACGCCCAGGUCAAGCGCAACUACAUGAAGGCCAUUGGCAAGCUGCAUCCCGACAAGCUCACGCCCCGCAACAACAGUCUCGAAGAAAGGCUGCUGGGCGGCGCCGUCUUCUCUGUCCUCAAUGAUGCCUGGUCCGCACAGCCUUAGAUUCUGUCCUCCCUCUCUCUCUCGGUAAUUUCUGCCCUCCCUCUCUCGGUAGUUUCUGCCCUCCCUCUCUCUCGGUAGAUUCUGCCUCCCUCACUCUCUCGGUAGAUACUCUGUUUCUGGUGCUCCCUCACUCUCUCAAUGUCACCUCUUGCGUUC